CCCGGUUAUAAAACGUGUGUGUAAACGAUGUGUAUUCUCAAGAUGUCUGUGUUUUUACUGACGCUUUUUUCAUUUUUUUUUCAUUUUCCAGAUUACCUUUGCAAACCAGAAGAUAACGUCUACAACAUUGACUUCACACGUUUUAAAAUACGAGAUCUGGAGACUGGGACGGUCCUGUUUGAGAUCGCAAAGCCGCCCCAUAGUGGACCAGUGACAAGUGAAGAUGACGUUGAAGACGUUGACACCAGCGCAGGGCGUUUUGUCCGAUACCAGUUCACACCGGCUUUCCUCAAACUGCAAACAGUCGGUGCAACUGUGGAGUUCACCGUGGGGGAUCAGCCAAUGAACAGCUUCCGUAUGAUCGAGAGGCAUUACUUCCAGGGACGCCUCCUGAAAAACUUUUACUUCGACUUCGGCUUUUGCAUUCCCAACAGCCGCAACACGUGCGAACACAUUUAUGAGUUUCCGCAGCUUCCAGAAGACUUCAUUCGCCAAAUGGUGGAGCACCCCUACGAGACCAGAUCAGAGACUUUUCCUCCUGAAAUGGACUUUCGGAACCAAGAGGACUCUCUGCACGCAGUGGAACCAGACGUACGUCCCGAGCUCUGGCAAGGACCCAAGAAGCACGGACUUUCCACUACCCUCUAAAUACGAGCAGACGUUCACUACAGUAAGGCUGGCAUUUGGGCACGUUAGUUAAUCUGUAGUAUUGUUAAGUGCUAUUUAA